UGUUUAAUAUUCUCAUUAUGCACGAAAUUCAGAUCUUGUGGAUAUUGUGGGUUAUGUAAUUUUUUAAAAUCCUUCCUCGAAGAAUUUGGGAUAGUGUUAUUGAUCCAAUUGAAUAAAAAUUGUUGAAAUAAAUUUUUUUUUAACUUUUCUCCAUAUUUCUCCAUUUCUCGUUUAUUUUGCACAUUUUUUUAUUUAUUAUUGUAGCGAAGAAUGUAUGUAAACCUCUAGUUCUGUUAUGGAACAAGUAUUUUGUUGAUAAACGUUAUCCCCGCCAUCAUUGUUAAUCGAAAUUGUAAUUAUAUGAUUGGGUUUUAUUAUAUUGCGUAUUUUUCCCAUUAACAGGCAUUUUCAAUUUAUUUAUCUCUUUCAAACUGUAUCGAAUUCCAAUUAUAAUUAUAAAAAUAGUGAAAUAUCAUUUUUUUCUAUACCCUUGAUCCCCGAAUCGAUCAAAUAAAACGUGGUCAUCUCUGAGAUUGAAUAAGCGAAUCAACGUAUAUAAUAAGCGUAUUACCCAAUACGAUCACCUAAUUUGAAUAUACCUGACCUUUGUCACUCCUCAAUUCGACCAACUAUCGUUCUAAAAAUAUUUCGUGUUGAUACGCAAAGAUCGGUUUGAUAAUUGAAAUAUGCCCUUUUUUAUACUCUUUCAUAAUUAUAAAAUCAAAACUGGAGUUUUUUUUUGCAGUAGACUACGUAAGGUAUACGUGAUCAAUGGCACGACCCGCGCGAGCGUACGUUGAAGCGUGUAACAUGAACUUGUUUAUCUUGCUUGUGAACUUGCCCACGUGGGCGCGCGUGCAAAUCUGUUGUAAAGCCUUGUAUGAAUUGAUUUUCAUUUAAUUUUUAAUUCACUUACUGGUAUGUAUUUUUUAUAAUGUUUUAAACGGAGGAAAAAAUGGAAUCAUCUACUCGAUACGCAUAUAAAGUACGAGUUCACACAAAAAAUAGGGUUAGGAAAUCUGGAUUUCCUUGGCCCAACACAAAAAAUAUUCAAUGUCUUUAAAAAUUGAUUUGAGUUUGGCGAAAGAAGUACUUUGAGUAUAACUGAGCUGGUUUCAUCAAAAUUUAAUUGUACAACUUUUCAUCUUUGCUCUUCACUUUACAACAAAGAAUAGAAAGUCAAUAUGGUAAAGUAUUAUGAGAACACAACCGUAUUCCAAUUCAAUUGGAGUCAAGUUGCUCAAGGAUUUUGGCAGCGAUAUCCUAAUCCGCACAGUUCACAUGUUCUUUCGGAGGACACGAUAUCUAGAGAGGUGAGAGAUGGAAAACUGUACUCAAAACGGCUGCUAUUAAAAACUAAUAGAGUACCAAAAUGGGGUGAAAGAUUUAUAAGCAAAAACGUUGUUAAAAUCGUUGAGGAGACUGUAGUUGAUCCCAAAGCUAAGAUGUUGACGUCUUAUACUAGAAAUCUUGGCUACACCAAAGUUAUGAGUGUAAUUGAGAAAGUGGUGUAUCGAGUAUCCGAGGAAAAUUCAGAAUGGACGGUAGCACAUAGAUCGGCAUGGAUUGAUAGUUCAGUGUUUGGUUUUAGCCGAGCGAUACAAGCUUUUGGUCUGGAUAGGUUUAAGAAAAAUUGUGCAAAGAUGACCGGUGGCUUUAACUAUGUAUUAGCUCAUAUGUUUCCUUCGACAGCAGCCUACAUGAAUCCAACAUUAUCACAAAUGGGUUUCUUCGAUCAGAACUCGUCAUUAAGCGGCAAACUCCAAGACGAACUAUCCAUGGUUAAAUUGAGUCAUGCAGCAGAAGAUUUGCAACAUUCGUUGCACGACAAGGCUGAGAAAAUGAAAGACGCAGCUAAGAAAGCGACGGACUUGGCGAAGAAGAAAGCUGGACCUAUGUACGCGGCAUGUCAGCCGAAUCAAUCGUAAAUUGUACUGUAGCGCUGUUUUAAACUCUCCGAAUGAGAGUUGCGCAAUUAAAUGAUCCUACUGAAUGUGAGAAACGAAAGAAGAGACAAAAAAGUAAGUUUAAAUGAACAUUGUUGCGGCGUAAAAUAUAAAUAUUUGAAGAAAAGCAAGUUGCCUGAUUAUCGGUUGAGUGUGGGAAGAAAUCGUGUGCAGAUAUAAUAGGAUCAAGAAAUAUUUAGAUGAAAGAGUUUUGGUCUGAGACUUCUCAAUUGAAUUUAGAUUUUUAUGUAAAAAUCUCAUUUUCGUCAAUAUGUGUAUGUGUGAAAGUAUAAAUUGAUUUUUUCUAGGGAACAUAUUUACAUAUACUGCAUUAUGACAUUCAAUAUUUUGCAAUCUAUUUAAAAAGAGAUUAAAUAGGGAUCUCUUCAAAUAGCAUUCCUUCCAACUGCCACACUUACUUUCCGUCAAUCAAACAAAGUCGAAAAAUUUAGACGAGCAUGGUUUUUGCUUUUCCUCUCGUGAAGUGAAUAAUUUCAUUCAAUUCAUCCUGAGUAGUCGAAUUCGAGGAUAGCAAAUUUCGAGUUAUUAUCGUAUUUUUUUCUCAAAUUUUGCUUUCGUUGGAGAAUUCAAGCGCUAAUUGUAUAUUGUUCAAGAUGCAUAACUCUAAUGAAGUUGAUUUUACACAUGCCCACGCGUGCACAUACACACAACCUUAUAUGCACGCGCGUGCGGAACUCUGUAGAUCAUCAUUGAAAAAAAUAGUACACGAGUUCUUAAUGGAUAUAGUUCCAUGUUGUAUUUAAAGCCUGAUUCUGCAAUUCAAAUUUGAAUCGGUAAACCAGGUUGAAGUAACACUACCCGUGAAGUUGAUGCCUGGUUUUAAUCUCGAAAUGUGAAACCAGCUUUUAUUAGUCAUAGAAAUAUGAUAACUUUAUGAACUGUAAAAAUCUUUAGAUAAUAAAUGACUGUUAAAAAGUCAA